AUCCGUGACUCCUAUUGGUCCAUCCGCAUGUCAAUCAAACGGCAUCCGUGACUCAUGUGGGUGCUCCCUAGCUGGAAACAGGGAUGGAAUGGACUAGCAAUUGCAACAGCCUGGAAGGUAAAAAUACUUCAAAUUGAGUUCUCUUGUGGUAGUAUGGCAGCAGCGUUCCUAAAUGGCAAGGAUGCAAACUCUCUCCUCAAACGUUUUCCACGGGCUAAUGGCUUCCUGGAGGAGUUCCGGCCGGGCAACAUUGAGAGGGAGUGUGCUGAGGAGAGCUGCAGCUUUGAGGAGGCCAAUGAAGUGUUUGAAAAUAAAGAGCGAACGAUGGAGUUCUGGAAAAACCGCAGCAUCUACACAGUGAACAGCAAUGCUGAUUCCCGCUCGGAGCGGUCGGACGCUGUGUACAUGGUGGUGCCCCUACUGGGCGUGGCUCUCCUCAUCAUCAUUGCGCUCUUCCUCAUCUGGCGCUGUCAACUGCAGAAGGCCACACGUCGGCGUCCGGCCUACACCCAGAACCGAUAUCUGGCUAACCGUAACGCCCGCAGCCUCCCACGCAUCCUGGUGCACCGGGACCCUCCCUCGCAUUCAGAGAACUCUCACGCCAAUGACAGGCCCAGCGUGGUGGUCAGCAGUGCCGAGAGGGGCGGGGCUUCAGUCACGCCGCAAGACGCCCAUCAUCACGCCAGCCACAAUCAGAACAAUCGCUCCCUGUACGUGCAAGAUUCGUCUUUGUCCGUGGCUUCCCACCUGUCUGGCGCAACCCCGCCGCCAUCCUACGAGGAAGUUACCGGCCACUUAGAGAGCAGCAGCGAUGAGACGACAGCCCCCUACAGUGAUCCUCCACCCAAAUAUGAGGAGAUAGUGCUAGAAAAGUGA